AGGCGAACGCCAACUGUUUGUUGCCAUGGCGUCCGUACAACUCACACCACCUCGCAUACACACAAUUGGACCCCAUUCCCACAACCACGUAAAUUUUUCCACCUUCUCAAUUCCAUCUCCACGAGGACGGCCCCUCCUUCAUACAGAUUCUAGUCUAGGCGCAGAGCUUGCUGGACUUUUUUGCUCGUCACCCGACGCGCUGAUGCCCCGCAAUCUCAAACCGUGCCCAGCAAGCUCCACUCACCAUCACCGCUGAUAAAGAAGCUGACGGCGCCGGGUUAUCGUGACCCGUUAAGGUUUGCAGGCGCCACCGGUGGAAGGCUUGCCAAACCAAGGAAUUUUUUUAUUGUUGUUUUUUUAUUUCUCAUUCUUAUUUUGCAGUAUUUGAUUUUUUCCGUUGCCAAGGGGGGGGCCAAUUUUAAGAUUUGAGAAUUUGAAACUGAUCAGUGCCUGCCUGCCUACCUGCCCAAACGGACCCAGACCAGCAAUUUGCAUUGACACUAGCAAAGUACCACCACCAAAACGCAGUGCACCUUGGCUACCCUGCGCUACUCCAAUUACACGCCGCGCCACAACUUAUCUCCAACCUAUCUAACGGGUAUCUCUCCCUCUCACACCCCCAACCAACCAGGUUUCUUUGGGCUUGAGCUCGCCAUAUUCUCUCCCGAUUUUCUCAUUCCGAUCAUCACAACAACUUGUUCACAUCCAGCAUAUGCCUCUUGCUCGUUUACUAUUGUCUUGUCUUUAGAAACACGUAAGAGGCAUACUAAAGUUGAGCAAACACUGGCAUUCAACCCUGACUGAGAGAGAUAUAUCAUAUUUUUGACUGGCCGAUCUUUCUCCCUUAUUGGCUGCUUGGAUCGGAACUCCUAAACUCGGACGACGUUCAAUUUAAUUGGAGAGCAUACCAGCUCGAACCAGAACAAUAAGGGGUACACAACAACCCACGACAUACUCACACGAGCAGGGACGAAACACGGCAACUCGAUCUUGGGGAUUCUGUGUGGCUGGUUGCCUGUACCACCAAUCACUUCGACCAGGGCCGUGUUAGUCCGUGCAGCUUUGAUAGGGCCAAAGGCACGUUUGUGAGCCGGCUACUCAGAGGCCUGGAGGGAGAGCCGUCACCGGAGCAGAAUUUGGGGAAGGGUAAAAAAAAAGCCUGGGGGGAUUGGGCUUUUUGGGGGGACGCAACGGUUAAAAGGGACCCGGUAACCAAAACGGCCUGGGCAUCCCAUCCCUAAGCGCAAAGGAUCGAAAAUUGGAUUUUCCCAAUCCGGCAUCCACCAAGAUCGUCCAUAUGGUGGGCGAAAUCCAGGUCGACCUCGCCAUCAGGCCAGCGGUCCCGAUACCAACUUCAACCAAGCCAAGGUCCAUUGGCGUAUCAGCGCCGACGACGGCAUCACCAAAUUCCAAAGGAGGCGUCGCCAUUGCGAUAAAUAACAAAAACCAUCACAAUCACAAUCACCACAACCACAACCACAACCACUUCAACGUCCACCAACAUCAGUACUAUCCUCACCACCACCACCACGACCAAGAGGUAGAGCAGCAGCUGCGGCGACACAAGCACAAGCUCUCGUCGUAUUCUUCAGAAGGCAGCCCCCUGAGCCAGUCCAGGAAUAACUCGCUGACCUUUAACCGCCCGGCAAAGCGACAAAUGGCGACCCCGGACCAGACCAUCGCCGUCAUCAACGCGAGCGGCCGCCAGACCGCGUCGCUCAUACGGUACUGCACCGCCGUCGGCUUCAAGGUGCGCGCUCAGCUGCGGAACACGGAGGGCGUCAUCGCCACCGAGGUCUGCUCGAAUCCAAAUGUCACCGUCCUCGUCGGCGAGCUGUACACGCGCCAGCCCUCAGCGUCGCGCGCAGACGUCUCGGCAGAGGGUCCGCUGUCCGGCAUCGGCGUCAACGAGGAGCUGAUCAGGGAACUAUUCAGCGGCUGCCAGCUGGCUUUUAUCAACACUACCUUUUACGGCGACGAGGUCGCCAUCGGCAAGGCGCUGGCCGACGAGGCCCUCGCCGCCGGAAUCUCCCACUUUAUCUACUCGUCCAUGCCGGACUACGCGGCCUACAACCCGAACUGGCCCAGCCUGCCGCUUUACAGGUCCAAGCACCAGGUUGAGGCGUACGUGCGGUCGCUCCAGGGCCUCGAGUCCACCUUUGUCUACGCGGGCAUCUACAACAACAACUUCACCUCGCUGCCCUACCCGCUCUUUUGUAUGGAGCUGCAAGAAGACGGAUCUUUCAUGUGGCAGGCGCCUUUCCACCCCGACGCCAAGCUCCCCUGGGUCGACUGCGAGCACGACUUUGGCACUGCAAUCCUCAGCAUCUUCAAGGAAGGCCCCAAGAGGUGGGGAGGUGGCAGGAGGGUCCCGAUCGCUUUUGAGAUGCUCACGCCGCUCGAAGCCUGCCGCAAGUUCUCCUCGGGAGUCGGUCGUCCCGUUCGCUACGUCCGCGGCCCCAUAGAGAUCAAGGUCAAGAUACCCGAGGGCUACCGGACGCAGCUCGACAUGGUGCAGAGGCUGUACUCGGUCGGCGGGGACGACGCGUCGCGGCAGCCCCCCUACUUUGGCGACUGGGAGCUUGAGGCCCAGUGCCCCGACGUGGCGCUGGAGCUGUGGGGAGGGCCCAGGACGCUGGAGGAGUACGCGCGCGAGGAGUUCAUCAUCGAGGAGCAGGCCAACGGCCUCAGGUGGAUGAUGGUCGGCGAUAAGAACGGACACCACAACAACCACCACCACCACAGGUACGACGAAGGCGCCGGAAGGGAGGUGACGCAGCCACCAGACGAGGAGGAGGACGGUGCGAGCGAGAACGACGAUGACGAAUACGACGACGACGACGAUGGCUUGGUGAUGCGUGGGCCUAAGAGGCUCGAGGAGAAGUGGUUGGCAUGAAAUGAGGAAAAACGCGAGGAGGGGAAGAGCAUACGUUUUUUUGAUGCGAGCCAUGGCAUGGAAUUAUUUAUUUCUAUUUCUUCUACUCUGUUCUGUUCCACAAUGGCAUGGGUUUUUUUAUGGCAAAUGACGAAAAGAGAGCAAAAAGCGGAAACCAGCACGGCAGACAAAAGUCAUGGUUCAAACAAACGCAACAAAGGGAAAUGGUUGUGGGUGUGCGAUGCGGAUUGAAAAACUCCCCCCAGCAGGUACAAACAUGUUUAGAGGAUUGUAAAUACGCUUGCGAGAAUAUUGUUUUUGGUCUUGGGGGGUCAAUGAGGAUGAAGAAAUGAACCAUGAAACAAGGGGCAUAACCAAGUCAGAGACGCAGCAUAUAUCAUGGCACUCGGAUCAUCAGUUAAGUCUUGGGUUUUGUUUGCCAUGAUACCAUGUUGCCCAAAUAUACGCAUUAUAGUGAUCAACUGUUUUGUUUGACACAGUUUAUUUUAUUCGACAUGUUAAGAGCAGCA